AUGAUUGCCCUCAAGUCCAUCCUUUUUCUCAUCGCCUUUGGCACAGAGGCCCUCGGUGCGACAACCGAAGUCAUCUGCCAAAGCCAAUAUGGCACGAAGAGUAUCGCUUCGAAUAAAGUCCCAAAGGCUACUUUGACUGUGAUGAACCAGAUCACGGUUAUUAAGAAGGUCAUUCGAAAAGUCAACGUUGUGGUGGUGCCCAGGGCAAAGACUACCACUGAGACGGAGACGGAGAUUCAGGUGACUACGACAUAUGCUGAUACGGAUGUCGAGACUGCUACUGAGACCGAGACUGUGGGGCUGAUUGUUUAG